AUGGCCACUCUGGCUUCAACGUUGGUCGGCACAUUCACUGCGUCCAUGGGCCUGUAUGACCGCGUCUCCGACAAGCGCCAGCAACACAAACAGCGCGCACGUGACGUACAACAAGACGGCGAGAUCAAGCAGCUCAAGGACGAAUUCGAGAAGGCGCAACAAAGGGCCGAGGAUAGACAGAAGGAGAUUGAUCGCUUGAAGAAUGGCGGCGGUGGAGGUAGUGGAGGCGGCCGGGGAAAUGACGAUGUGGGCUUUGUUCUGAGCAGAGACGCAGCCAUGAUUCAGAGAAUGUAUGACGACGGAUUUGGCCGGUAUGGCAGCAGAUUUGCGCAGGGUGAUGCCAUUGCGGAAAACCAGCUCCAAGCCCAGAUCAUCUCCCUCCAGCAAACUGUCAUCAACGUCCUCCAAGACGCUCUCAACAACGACCGACAGCUCACGCGUGCCGAUCAAGCCAAGCUCAUCGCCGCAUCCAACGCCGCCCGCGAAGGCUCCCUAGAUGCCCUACACCAAGCACAACAGCGCAUGUCCUCGGGCAACUCCGUCCGCUCCGCCUCACCGCCGCGAUCAAUAUCAGCACCACCUCGACGCGCUCCAACCGCCAUCAUGGACUCCGGAGACCAACUCUUCUGCCGCUACAGCCUCGACCUGCAAUACGCGCGCGACAAACCGCUGUCCGCAAACUUCGCACCGGGCGGCCCAUGCCAAUGUCCUGCCUGCGGCGUCACCCUCGACGUAACAGCCGACGACUUCUGGAUGAUUGGAAAGCGCACGCCACGCACAAUCAUCGAGCAGGGCUACGAGACAGAAAUCAUGGAGACGCGCGAAUUCAGACUCGGUCAGCGCUUCGCACUCAAGUGUCACACCCCCGACGGCGAGUACGCGUGCAUUAUCUGCAGCAAGGGCCGCGACGUCGACGCGAUAUGCCGGAACGUGGACGCGCUGGUCAAACACGUCGGCACGUUCCAUGAUGCAGAUGAGUUGGUCCGCGAGGUCGAUCUCAGGGAGGUCAAGGUCGAUACGAGGAAGUUGAGCUUGCCGGCCCCGAUGCCGAUGCCGCAUAGUCCACCGGGUAUGAGGCGGGAGGAGCUAGAGUAUGCGGCGUAUCGGUAG